GAGCUGACGGUAAAGUUGUUGCGCCAUUGUUAAAGAAUUCUUUAAUAUUGGAAUUGUCAACCAAUGGGAAUUUAUCAACUGAGGUUGAGCAUCGAGAAAAGAAUCAAAGUUGUUUCCUGACAAGUCUGGAUGUGAAACGUAAUAUGUCGCAUAAAUCGGAUCUAAGUAUUGUUGCCGAGUGA